ACAGUUUAAAAGCAUGAUUUCAAUGAAUCACGUGUUGAAAAAAAUAACGAACAAUUUUUGAAUUUUAAAAUUGUAAACAAAAAUUGCCGAUGAAAUAUUAAGAAACCAAAACCCAUCAAUUUAUCUAUUAAAACAAUGGAGGAACUGCUAUGUUAUGUGAAAAAAUUGAAUAUCAAUAGUGAACUGUUGACCAGCUGUAACAUUAAUCUGUUGACAAUCAAUGAUAUUAAAGUUAUCAAAGAUUUACAAGAUGACUGGAAGUUGCAGAUUAAAAUAUCAAUCGAAUACGACAUUCUGUAUGACAAACUGUACAUUGGACCUUAUUAUGCAGUACCUGAUGACUAUAAGAAAAUGUUUCUUGUGCUGAGUUUCUGUAAGUCAAUAGGAAUCCUCAAAUCAGACAAGAAGGAAGUUCAGGAAUAUGUAAAAGCUAUAAAAAUUCUCGAUACAGCUUUAAUGAUUGGUUCUGGAUUGGAAGAAUGUGAUUUAUUGACUGAUUUUACACAGAAGGUUCAUGACUAUAUUGUUAAAAGCCACAAAGUUGACCUUGUUGACCGAAUUCCUGAAGAGCAGCUUCAAACAUCUCAAAAUGACUGUGAUAUUGAUUCAAUCAGCCAGCCAUCAAUCGAGCAUUUCAUGACAAAAUAUUUCAAUUUUCAUCAGCCGGUAAAAAUUUUGAAUUCAAUCCAUCAUUGGCCUGCAUUGUAUAAAUGGAAAGACAUGAAUUAUUUCAUGACACUAGCUGGAUAUCGAACAGUUCCAAUAGAAUUAGGAAGGACAUACGAUGACGAUGAAUGGGGACAAAAUCUAUAUAAAUUCGGAGAUUUUAUUAAACAAUACAUGAACAACAAAGAUCACGAACAAAAAGCAUAUUUAGCUCAGCAUGACUUAUUUGAUCAGAUUCCAGAAUUAUCAAAAGACUUUACCAUACCUGACUACUGUGCUAUAGGGAAUCAAGAUCCAGUUAUUAUAAAAUCAUGGAUUGGUCCAAAAAACACAAUCAGCACAAUGCAUACUGAUGAUAAGCACAACUUUUUAUGUCAAGUUGUAGGCGAAAAAUUGAUAAUUUUGGCAUCACCAAAAGAUUCUGAAAACUUAUAUCCAUAUGAAGGACUACUUAAUAACACAACACAAGUUGAUGUUGAGAAUUUAGAUUUUGAAAAGUUCCCAAACGUUAAGAAUGUAAAAUUCCAAAAGAUAAUCUUAAAAGCAGGUGAAACGCUUUACAUCCCUAAAUUACAUUGGCAUUAUGUGAGGUCAUUGACUCCAAGUAUUUCGAUAAGCUUUUGGUUCAAUUGUGAUGAAGACUGAGAAUUAAGCUGCUGCUAGAACUCUAAGAAAGAGUUGCUGGAUAAGUAUUUAUUUUUGAUUUUAAAAAACCAAAUUUAUGCUUCUUAUGGAUUCGAUUGUCGAUUGACCAAAACUAGCAGCACUAAGUCUUCAAAAGUUUAAGUCAUUAUAGCUUUUAAUGCGUCAAAACAAACAUAAAUUUAAAAGAAAGGACCUUUAUCUCAAAAUCUUAUCACUAAUUAAGCAUACUAGACUUUCGAGUCUACCUUUUCACUCUACAUUCAAAACUUUUUUUUAUCAUUCUGUAAUAAAUUUCUUUACGAAGCAGUUUUCAUUGUCUGACAUUUGUGAUAUCAAUACAUGUACAUUGAAGCUUAUGAGGAA